UGGUCUUUCUUUAUUGCUUCUAAGUUUUAAGCAUGUAGCCGUGUCUUUAACUAGCUUAUACCAUAAGUUCAAAACUUGAGGUUGCUAAUUUAUGCUUGAUUUUCUCGACAUUCCCUUCGAAGCAAUGCCCUUUAAGCCUAGCUACAAUGCACAUCAUAUAUAAAGCAGCCUCUUCCAUAUCUUUCACUUUUCUUAAUGCUGCCUUUUCCCUAUUUUCACAUUUCCUCUUUUCUUGGUUAAUUUUAUCAUCGUCUAGAGUAUUUUCUUUGUUUCAUCAUUUUUCCCUUUCCAUUGCAGUGAAUUUGUCUAUUAAAUAACAGCCUAACAGGCUAAUAUGAGGAAGAUUAUAUUGCAAACAAAGAAGGUCUUCUCAUGCUGCGUUUCACAAUCAAUUGAUCUUCAAGUAAUCUCGUCUAACGUGGAUUUUAGAGAAGAAUAUGCAAAUGCGUUUAGAACUGAAUCAUAUAACGAGUUUUGGGCUCGUGUACUUGCACUGACGCAUAAAGAUUCAGUCGCUCGAGAAUCCAAGGGGUCUACCUCAGCAACCCGACUACUUUCCUAUAGACUAUUUGCUGAACAUCUAUUAGAACCUGACCAACCUACCGUGACCAAAUUAUUAUCCUUCACCCAAAACCAACCUAAAAAUACGUCUCUCCUUUCUAAUUAUUUUGAACAAACUGCUAAUGCUUCUAUCUUGUGUGGUCAAUUGUUAAAAGAUACUGACCAAUUACGCAUUAGAUAUAAAGCCCUCAAAAAAACCUUAAAAUAUUUCGAAGUUCCUCAAAAUCCAUCAUCAUCAACUAACCAUCUACCGACAAUUUUGAUGCGAUUAGUUAAAAUCACAAAAUCUAUUAACCCAUUUGUACAUCCAUCUUCCUUAUUAACUAGAUUUCAAGCCGUAAAAUCUGGCUGCUCCGAGCUACUCAAACAACUCGAGUCACGCCGUGACAAGGUUCGAGCCAAGCUGCAUGUACGUAAUAGCUUAAAGGCCGGGUCGGCUAUCUUUCUUGUGGCUUUAACAACUUCAAUUACUAUAAUUGUUCUCACUCACUUUGUAGCCAUGGCAAUGGCCGUGCCAGGAUUUAUAAUUGCGUAUAAUGUUCCUAUCUCAACAAAACAACUAACUAAGACGUCAGCUCAGCUUGAUGCAGCUGCUAAAGGAACCUAUAUAUUAAAUAGGGAUUUGGAUACAAUAAGUCGUCUAGUGGCUCGGCUUGACGAUGAUCUAGAGCAUAUUCGAGCCAUGGUCGAGUUUUGGAUGGAUCGAGCUGAGGACCACCUCCAAGCCCAAGCCGGUGAAGAAUUGGCACGCCAACUAAAGAAGAAUGACAUGAAACUUAUUGAUCAAUUAGAUGAACUUGAAGAACACCUAUAUCUAUGUUUCAUGACCAUCAAUAGAGCUAGGAACUUAGUUGUAAAAGAAAUUUUAGACUUGCAUCAUAUUACUAGAUGACCAAUCAAAACUUUACGGAUCAAUUAGAUGAACUUUUUUUUACCAUUGCUUGGGCACAUACAUGCUAUUUGUAAAUACCUUUUAAUCAUUUUUUUCAUCUAAUUUUCAAA